AUGAUCAGACUCGCAACGCAGAUCCCCCAGUUUGUGGCACUCCCGCUUGACGUCUUUCGUGGAUUUGCAGCCGCCACCACCAUGCCCACUUCUUACGAGAAGAUUUACACGGCGCUGCGCCACGGAUGCGAAUGGAUAACCGUCUACAUGAUUCCUGAUUUGCGCCACACCGUAGUAGUCUGGGGGUUAGAAGGCGCCCUCACGUAUAUGGUGCGGCAAGAUGUGUUUGGGAUAAUAGAAUAUCCGCGGCUAGGACUUCGAAAUCCCCCGCGCCGUGUUACAUCAGAUUCUGGAUUCUCCCGCGGCUUAGUGCUUGAAUUCCGAGGUGCAGAAGAUUCCUUUCCUUUCAUCAAGCCGUCCUUUCGACGACUUUCGAAUUUCUCGUGUGGCGUGUGCACGUUCGAUGUGAAAUGGAACCCGAUAGUUUCAAUCACCGAGUCUGCUGCCUCGAACACGGAUUCAAGGAACGAUCGUCAAGAUGUCUCUUCUCAGAUACUCCUAGUUCAUCGGUCAUGGGAGCGGGCACCGCUGUCGGUUGACAUAGGCAGUUCAAGGUGUAACCCUCGUUCCGCUGGAUCAAACGAAAGAUCUUAUCUUGCUGGAUCAAACGAUGAUUCUAAGUCUCAGCUUCGGACCAGCAUCGACGCUCAACCACUGAUAGCAAUCAAGGUAUCGCUUAUACCGACUACCCCUUGA